UUGAAUAGUUUUAUAUAUUAAUAUGCACAAGCUCAAUAUAAUUUUUAGCUUAGCAAUAUUAUUGCCAAGCCUAUUGCUGGCUCAGUAUGAUGACAAUUAUGCUAUGGAUAACUAUAAUAAUUUACAGAAUACAGGCAGCGUACCAAUUGGACUGCUUACGGAUCAGAAUACGGAGCAAAUGAAUAUUAUAUUUGAUCAUGCUAUAGAUGUGGCCAAUCAGGAACUGGGUCUAUCGCUGUCGGCGCUAAAGGCAGAAGUUAACUAUGGGGAUGCUUAUCAUAGCUAUGGCACACUUUGCAGAAUGCUAGAGACGGGCAUAGCUGGCGUGUUUGGACCCUCAUCUCGUCAUACGGCUGUGCAUUUGAUGUCUAUAUGCGAUGCCAUGGACAUACCGCAUAUAUAUUCUUAUAUGAGUGAAUAUGCUGAGGGCUUCAAUCUGCAUCCACAUCCAGCUGAUUUAUCCAAGGCGCUCUACAGUCUUAUAACUGCUUUUGAGUGGUCACGCUUUAUAUUUCUCUACGAGUCGGCUGAAUAUCUGAGCAUUUUAAAUGAGCUCAACAAUCUAUUUGGCACUAAUGGUCCAGUUGUCACCGUAUUACGCUAUGAUAUGCAAUUAAAUGGCAAUUAUAAGCCUGUGCUAAGACGUGUGCGCAAAUCCAAGGAUAAUCGCAUUGUUGUUGUUGGUUCUACAGAAACAAUACCAGAGUUUCUAAAUCAAGCUCAACAAGUUGGCAUUAUAAACGAAGACUAUAGCUAUAUAAUAGGCAACUUGGAUUUUCACUCUUUUGAUCUGGAAGAGUACAAGUACAGUGAAGCCAACAUAACAAGCUUGCGUUUGUUUUCGCCAGACAGAAUGGCUGUUAAGGAAGUAUUGCAAAAAUUGGGCUACAAUGUGGAUCAAGAAGAGUUUCGCAAUGGCUCUUGCCCCAUAACUGUCGAAAUGGCGCUCACCUUUGAUGCAGUGCAGCUGUUUGCUGAAACUUUAAAGAAUCUCCCAUUCAGUCCUAUGCCUCAGAACUGCUCACAACGCACUGAAAGUGUGCGCGAUGAUGGCUCGUCCUUUAAAAAUUAUAUGCGCACUCUGCGUCUGCGGCAGCGACUGCUUACUGGACCCAUUUAUUUUGAGGGCAAUGUGCGCAAAGGCUAUCACUUGGAUGUUAUUGAAUUGCAGCCCUCGGGUAUUGUUAAAGUGGGCACCUGGGAUGAGGAACGCGAGUAUCGAGCGGAGCGUUUGGCAUCUACAAACUCACAAUUUGAUAGCAUCAGCAAUUCGUUGGCGAAUCAAACCUUUAUUGUGCUGCUCUCAGUGCCGAACAAGCCGUAUGCUAGUUUGGUGGAAAGCUAUAAGCAGCUGGAGGGCAACAGUCAGUAUGAGGGCUAUGGCGUGGAUUUGAUCAAGGAGUUGGCUGACAAGUUGGGCUUUAAUUUCACAUUUAAAAAUGGUGGCAAUAAUUAUGGCUCAUACAAUAAAUCUACCAAUGUAUCGACGGGCAUGUUAAGAGAAAUUAUGCAUGGCCGCGCUGACUUGGCUAUUACCGAUCUAACUAUCACAGCUGAGCGUGAGGAAGCUAUAGAUUUUAGCAUACCAUUUAUGAAUUUAGGCAUUUCCAUACUUUUCUUAAAGCCAAAAAAGGCAACACCAGAUCUGUUUACUUUCAUGGAUCCUUUCUCUGAGGAAGUCUGGUGGUUUCUGGGCUUCUCUUUUCUGGGCGUUUCACUCAGCUUCUUCAUCUUGGGCCGUCUAUCGCCAAGUGAAUGGGAUAAUCCCUAUCCUUGCAUAGAAGAGCCCGAAGAGCUUGAAAAUCAAUUUACUAUAGGCAACUCUAUAUGGUUUACUACAGGCGCGCUGCUGCAGCAAGGCUCUGAAAUAGGACCCAAAGCUUUAUCCACGCGCAUUGUGGGCACUUUUUGGUGGUUCUUUACCUUGAUUGUUGUAUCUUCUUAUACUGCCAAUUUGGCUGCCUUUUUGACCAUUGAAAAUCCACAAAGCUUAAUUAACAACGUUGAUGAUUUGGCUGAAAACAAAGAUGGUGUUAUCUAUGGCGCUAAGCGAACGGGCUCCACCAGGCAAUUCUUUUUAUCCUCGCAGGAAGACCGCUAUAGAAAAAUGGAUGAAUUUAUGACAGCGCAUCCCGAGUACUUGACCGAGAGCAAUCAGGAGGGCGUAGAUCGUGUCAAGCGUAGCACCAACUAUGCAUUUCUUAUGGAAUCCACAUCUAUAGAAUUCAAUACAAAGCGUGAAUGCAAUUUAACCAAAAUAGGCGAUGCCUUAGAUGAGAAAUGUUAUGGCAUAGCCAUGCGCAAAUAUUGGCCGCAUCGCGAUAAGUUCAAUAAUGCCAUGCUGGAGCUACAGGAGCAAGGUGUACUGGAAAAAUUGAAAAACAAAUGGUGGAACGAGGUGGGCUCUGGCAUUUGCACCACCAAGGAGGAAGCGCCCGAUGCUACACCGCUGGCUAUGGAUAACUUAAAAGGUGUUUUCGUUGUGCUCUGCGUAGGUAGCGCUUGUGCUUUGGUUUAUGGCAUUAUAAGCUGGGUGUUGUUUAUUAUAAAGAAGGCGCGGCAUUAUCGCGUGUCCAUAAAGGAAGCAUUCAAGGAGGAGCUAGACUUCCUGCUAGACUUUAAUAAUUAUGUGCGUGUGCUUAAUAACUCUGCCUCUAUUUACUCACGCAGUCGACAAUCGUCUAUGUCAGCAGGCUCUAAAUAA